AAAAUGAUUAUUGGUCCACUGGCUGCAAUUGGUUUUGGAUCAUUCAGCAUAGAGUGGAAAACUAAAUAUAAAAUUUCCGCGGUUUUCUUUCACAAUGUGUUUUAUUAAUCGCAUUUCUACGUUUAAACAUGGAAAAAAUGUUCAGCUUCUGUAUCGCAAUUUCUAUGGUGACAAGAAGCAAAUGACCGAUGACGUUGUCAAAUCCAUUAACAAUUGGACCAAGGCAUCAAUGACUGAACUAGCCGAUAAAAUAGGGGGAGCUCCCGUAUUCGAAAAAUCUACAGCUGCCAAACAAAUGAGAACGUUGCAGUCUCAAACAUUGGAAAUACAAAAACGCUUAGUGGACAUGAAUGACAGAAAGAGAACCAUUGUUAAGAAGAAAGAAGAUGUUGGCCAGGUUCUACACAACAUUUAUAGGGAUUUAGAUAUUCAACGGAUUACAGAAUCCUAUUUGGUAGCGGCCUCCAAAGAAAUGAAUGUUCUUCUCGAAAUGGAGAACCAUUUGAAUAAACUACACAACGAUGCAGAUGAACAAGAAAAAAAUUUAUUGCAUCAAUACAAUGAAGCAAUAAAUCAUGUCUUCGACAAAGCCAAAAAAGACAAAAGAUCGAUGAUUUUCAUUUGCGUUGUGGGUGCCAUUGUGUCAUCCUUGCUGACAACUAUAUUCAUUUGCUCUCAGUCUGUAAAACAUCAAAAAAUUCUGCGGGAAACUAUAUCCGAGUUGGAGCAAAAGAACACAAAAGAGUCCUGGGGUAGCUAUCUAAAGAGAAAUACACGUUGGAUGUACAAUUGGGCUAGCAGAUCUAAUUAGAUUUAAGCUUAACAAUAAAGUUUAAAUUUAGCAUUUUUAUACAUAUACGGUAUACGCCGAUACAUACUAA